AACUUUACUGGGCGUACUCAGUCGGAAGCAAUCAACUGCCGAGAGUAAAAUAAAAGGAAAAGAGAAGGAUCCAAAACUUUUAGACUUUUUUUCUUUUGGAAGCACGCCAAAGCCUAAUGGAAAGCCUCCGUUUAGGAUUACAGUGACGUUUUACAAUAUGUAAUCAGUCUGUGAAUCACCUGGAUUCAAAGUUGUCUUCGCUGGAAGAAAAGAUUUAGCCAAAGACAUGAAUAUCAAACCACAGGAGCUCAGGGCUUAAAAAGGCAAUCGCUAUGGCAGCACAAUUCAGCAUAGACGAUGCCUUUGUGUUGGAGGGAGAUGAGGAGGGAGGCACGUCUGAUGGUGAGACGGAAAGAUGGACAGGUCGAGACAUCGACAGAGAUGGGGCAGAGAUGACGUUUGGUCCUCUCACCUUUUCUAAACCUCAGACUCAUCCACUGCCUGUUACCACCAGCUCCCAGGACCACAGUAACCUGAAGUACCAGAAUCUGGAAAAUGAAGAGGCCUUUGGAAGUAACGGUACUUCCUCCUUUAACAACAUCUUCAAAAUCAGUGACCCGUCCACCCUGUCAUACUGCAGCUCUCAGUGGUCCUUCAGCACACUGAGUUCUGUCACGCAGCUUUCUGCACACUGCUGCGGGUGGGUGUCCCAUCCACUAGUGAAGAAAAAUAGAAGAGUCGUCCUGGCCUCCUUUCUUCUCCUAAUCUUUGGGCUUGCCCUUAUUGUUACAGGUGUUAUCAUACAGCUGAAUCCGAAUGCAGGAGUGUCAAGUGCGAUAUUCUUUGUCCCUGGAUUUCUUCUCUUCAUCCCUGGAGUUUAUCAUGUGAUUUACAUCAGCUGUGCUGUCCGGGGAAGAAGAGGCUUCAAACUGUUCUACCUGCCUUACUUUGAAAAAUGACACAACUUUUUAACUACAUUUCCACUCGCUGUGAUUUUGUCACACAUUACACCAGUAUUUAAUUGUUACAUGCUUUAUGUUGUUUUUUUCUUGUCAUUGUCAUGACCACUAAUUUAACCACUCAGUGUCUAGAGUGUGUUUCUACAUUAUGAACUGACACUAUUGUGUAGAAGCAUGAAGAGAAGGACAUUGUUUUAACCUGUGUUUCAUUGUGUGAAUGAUGACUGUGAAUUUGCAAUUAAAAGGCUGAUUGUUUUUUAAUGUA